UUGAGGAUCUCAAGAUCGGUCAACGGCACGGUGGACCCCAUUCUGGUGCGUCCACCAGCAACCCGGCAGUGGGCAAUGAUUCUCUCCUGGCUCGGGUACUCCAGGAGCAUGAAGACAUGAAAGCGAGGCUAGAUUAUGCCUCUGGGGCCUGCAAGAAAGUGGAGACGUUGGAGGAAGAGCUGCGUUGCUUGAAGCAGUCAAGGGAGGCGGCUUUGCAGGAAGCAGAAACCUGGAAGAACGAGGCACUUAGGACAGGAAACAAACGUAGCCGGCUGGCUACUUCACCUUCUUCCGGGCAGAAGAUGCCAGUGGCGGCUACAUCGGCACCCAGCAAGGAGAGGGCUGGCGCUGGAAUCGGUCACUUGCGGGAGUUGCACAAUUUGGAGGUCGAUGCGUUGAAGGGCAUGAGGCUGCAGGAACUGAACUGGAGACGGGAGGCCGAGCAGGAAAACGAGCGACUCAAGGAACAACAGAGAGAAAUGGAGCGUGAGAAUGUCAGAUUAAAGGGAGAAUUGGCUAAACGCGAAGCAGGGAAACAUACUCCGCUAUCCAGUUUCCGUGAGAGACUUGAUGAGGUUGAGACAGCUGCUGGAGGGUCUGGGUCAAAAACCACCAGGAAGAAGAAAGUGGGAGGCGGCAUCGACGAUGGUACAAACAAUGAUCGGGACGCGUUCCUACGGGAGGCACGUAAAGAAUUUCGCAACCUCAAGAAAGACGACGUGAUGGAGAUCUGUUUGAAGGAGGGUAUUAAGUAUACCACGUUGACUGAGACGGUCUCUGAGAUCAUCGCGAAACGAGCAGAUCGUGCAUUUGGAAAAAAAGUGGCAGUCCAGGAGAUUUCUGAUGAUCUCGGUGCCGGUGCACAGGUUGAUGGUAAGAAUGAUGGGAGGGACUCGGCUACGUCUUAGGGUCCCUCCUGAGUGCGACUACGUUGUGGUCUCUAGCUCGUCUUUGCUCUUACCUACGCUCUUCGUCCACCCGUAAUCUUCGUUUUCAAGCGCUCGAUUCUCUCUUUCGCCUGGUGAUUCUGGCGCUCAUUCUGUUGAGGUCUAUUCCAUGGGCUGACAAGUUGAUUCCCUACCUCUCUUACUGGUGGAACUCUGGUGGGGUGGUGAACGGUCCUCUGGUGUAUGUUCUUGUCUCUCUGUGGUGUAGGCAUCUGUAUGUGGGUAGCACUAGGCGUGAGCUCUCGUUACGAUGGAGUGAACAUGUUUAUUGGGCAAGUAAUGUUUCUCUUAUUCAGAAAGGUAAGCGGAAUGAACGUCUGUACCGUUG